CUUCUUCCAGCGCCAAACAUUUACUCGGGCUCGGAAACAAGAGAAGCUCCAAAUUAAUGGCCACUUCUUUUUAGGGUUUUAGAAUUCUGUAAGUGCUGGUCAAGUUCGAUAAAUUUGUCUCGGGUUUCCCAAGAUCGCGCUUUCCCUCUGUCUUCUGUCUCACUCUGAAGCUCUAAUUUUGGAGAAUUGCUGGAGAUAUGGCGGAUGACUAUUGGAAUCGGCAGCAGCCUCUGCUUCCCUCGCCAGGCAUGCUUAAACGACCCCGUAAUGAUUACGAACUUCCAUCCUCUGGAUUGCCUACAGGCCAUGAGAUGCACAAUUAUUUAGUAAGUGAUGAUCGUGGUGGUCCUCGGGCUGUUAAAGAUACACAAACGAUUGGAUCAGCAUAUGAUCGUUAUCUCCAAAGUGUGCAACUUUCUUCUUUUAAUUCUGGAGAAGUACCUACCCAUGGGGAUAUGGGAAUGGCAAGGCCUGUUGCAAACAGAAUGCCAGUUGGGAGUAGAAUGCCUGGGCCUUCAAUACCCGAUCCUGUUGUAAUGAGUCGUCCUCCUGCAGUUUCUCCCGAUCUGGCACCAAAUGGUCGAAAUAUUGAGUAUGGUAAUCAUCUCCCCAUGGAUUCAAUGACCAGACCAGGACGUGAAACUGUACCUCUUCCACCUGAUGCCUCCAACACUUUAUAUGUUGAAGGACUUCCUUCAGACAGUUCCAGGAGAGAAGUAGCUCAUAUUUUCCGCCCGUUUGUGGGAUAUAAAGAAUUGAGACUUGUGAGCAAAGAAUCUAAACAUCGUGGUGGGGACCCUCUUAUAUUAUGUUUUGUGGAUUUUGCAAACCCAGCCUGUGCAGCAACUGCCAUGAGUGCCUUGCAAGGUUAUAAAAUGGACGAACAAGAUCCUGAAUCUAAUUACUUGCGACUACAGUUCUCACGACAUCCAGGUCCGAGGUCUGGUUCUGGAUCUGGUGGUAAAAGGUGAAUAAGCUUUAGAGACAGGAUGGGCAAUUUAAAUGGGAGACGUAUCAUCUUCUAGUGCACACUUUACUAGCUGCUCAUGCGCCCAUUAUAUGUUAGACAUGCUGUUAAGAUAGCCAAAUUGUAGUCGACCCCACUGAAUAUUUAAGUUGCAUUUAAAUUUAAGGGGAUUAGAUCCAAAGAGUUGUAAUAGUCAAUUGUGCAAUUGAAUUUUGAUGUACAAUCAUGUCAAUGGUUCAGAAAGUGAAGAUAUGUCUGGUACAAUUUUAUAAA